GGCCCGCGCCGCGCUGAGGACGCGGACCCCCGGUAACCCGAGAGCGCGGCCUUGCCUUGCCCUGCCCUGUCCACCCCCGGCGCCCCAGGGCAUCAGCUGUCGUAUGUUCAGGUCCAAACGCUCGGGGCUGGUGCGGCGACUUUGGCGCAGUCGAGUGGUGCCCGACCGGGAGGAAGGCGGCGAGGAUGCGAGCUGGGGCGGCCGAGCGGAGCCCGGCGCGUGGGCGCGAGACGGAGGCUGCGGCCCCCUCGACGGCCGCCCGGUAGCCGCGCGUCGGCCCCGCGACGCGCCUGGACAGCGGGGCGCCGCGCGGCGCCGACGGGCGGGCGCCGGCCCCGCGAGGCCCGUUCCCGAGCCGGAGCCCCGCAGCGCCCCGCGGGACGUGGCCACCGAGCCGGGGCGCCCGGACCGGCUGCCCGAGAGCGACUGCGAGACGGUGACUUGCUGCGUCUUCGCCGAGCGCGACGCCGCCUGCAGCAGCGCCAGCGCCGCCGGUGACCCUCCGGCCGGGCCGGCCCCGGAGUCCGCGGCCCCCGCCGGGCGCAGCUCGCGCCUGCUGCUGCUGGAGCAGGAGCUCAAGACGGUCACGUACUCGCUGCUCAAGCGGCUCAAGGAGCGCGCCCUGGACACGCUGCUCGAGGCGGUGGAGUCCCGCGGCGGCGUGCCGGGCGGCUGCGUGCUGGUGCCGCGCGCCGACCUCCGCCUGGGCGGCCAGCCCGCGCCGCCGCAGCUGCUCCUCGGCCGCCUCUUCCGCUGGCCCGACCUGCAGCACGCCGUGGAGCUCAAGCCCCUGUGCGGCUGCCACAGCUUCGCCGCCGCCGCCGACGGCCCCACCGUGUGCUGCAACCCCUACCACUUCAGCCGGCUCUGCGGGCCAGAAUCCCCGCCACCCCCUUACUCGCGGCUGUCUCCCCGUGACGAGUACAAGCUACUGGAUCUAUCGGAUUCCACAUUGUCUUACACUGAAACAGAGGCCACCGGCUCCCUCGUCACAGCUCCGGGGGACUUCUCAGACGCCAGCAUGUCCCCGGACGCCACCAAGCCCAGCCACUGGUGCAGCGUGGCCUACUGGGAGCACCGGACGCGGGUGGGCCGCCUGUACGCGGUGUACGACCAGGCGGUCAGCAUCUUCUACGACCUACCUCAGGGCAGCGGCUUCUGCCUGGGCCAGCUCCACCUGGAGCAGCGCGGAGAGUCGGUGCGGCGGACGCGCAGCAAGAUCGGCUUCGGCAUCCUGCUCAGCAAGGAGCCCGACGGAGUGUGGGCCUACAAUCGCGCCGAGCACCCCAUCUUCGUCAACUCGCCCACGCUGGACGCACCUGCGGCAGGUGGCCGCGCGCUCGUGGUGCGCAAAGUGCCUCCCGGCUACUCCAUCAAAGUGUUCGACUUCGAGCGCUCCUGCCUGCUGCACCAUGCGCCCGAGCCCGACGCGGCCCGGGGCCCCUCCGACCCCAACAGCGUGCGCAUCAGCUUCGCCAAGGGCUGGGGGCCCAGCUACUCGAGGCAGUUCAUCACCUCCUGCCCCUGCUGGCUGGAAAUCCUCCUCAAUAACCACAGAUAGUGGCCUGGCCAGGGGGCCACCCACGGCUGGCCAUGCCAGGGCGGAGGCGCCGGAGCCCAGAGACUCAGCCCCGCCGACCACCCUUCGACCCCCAGAUAUCAUCUACCUAGAUUUA